AUCAGAGCGGACAUCUGCCAGAUUUUCAGCCAAUAAGAUUCACUCAAUACAGAAUUCAAAUGAUCGUCCGCACAGUUUGUUGUUUUGUCAUAACUUCGUGAUUUUUUUGUGUAAUUUUCGUAAAAUAAACGGACGUUAUUUACAACGUUUUUGACGACACAUACAGUUGAAAAGAUUUUGGAGAAUGGAGUCCAGAUUUGCGAGCCUGCGCCAGCGGGACGCCAGCGUGUCCAUGCUGCGGGUCAAAAUGUCCAGGAGGAGGUCUCAGACCCAGAAAGAGAACCGCCAGCGGACCAUCAACACGCGCCGUCAGCUCGAGAAGCUCCAGGAGCUGGAAAUGUCUUCUCUGGACGCCUCCAUGGCCAGGAGCAACAUGUCGACCCUGCAGGAGAGGGAGGCCAACAUCAAACCGGAGAAGAUAAAAGCUCAAGAAGAGAGGCUGAAGCAGCUGGAGCGCUGGAAAGAACGGAAAGCUCUUGAGAGGGAAAAGGAAAAGAGGGAAAAGCAGCAGAAAGGAGUCUUUAAAACCGGUCUUUAUCAUCCAAAAGACGUCUUUACAGGAGCUGCUGCCCCUCCUGCCUCAGCCAAACUCAAGGAGAGAAAGGUGAAUGUGGCUCCAACCCAGAGCACCAGAGUCACCCGUUCAAUGAAGCAGCAGGAAGUCCAGCAGAUUCAGAAUCCAGUUGCUGCACUAAGCAAAGUAAAACCUGAUCCAGGAUCCAGACCGAACCGGCUCCGUGCAGCGCCGGUGAAAGCGGCACCGUCGGCCACCAAGUCCAAAGUUUGCAACGUGUCAGACCGUGUUACCACAGCUGGACCCGCCGUCCAGUCUUUACCCGGCAGGUCAGCCAGGAGGCCUCCUGUUCCAAAAGCACCAGCGGGGAAAGAUAAGCUGACGGAGAAGGUGGCGGAUGUGAGAACAACCAGAGACAGAACAGCUUUGGCGCCCUCGUCUGGACAAAAAGAAGCAGCCAAGUUACUGAGCGACCCAAUCCACCCGACUCCCUCUGAGGAUCCAGAGCCGAAUGAGGAAAAGGUGCCGUCUCCUCCCAAACAAACGGCGUGCGCUGAAGAAGAAGACAUGCAGGUGGAGGAAGCUCCUCCUCCUCCUCCAUCGUUUGCCCCGAAGGAUUUCAUCUUCCAGGCUCCGCUUGGUUUGUCGUCCUUCAAGUUUGAGCCUCUCACUCCUCGCUCAGCUGACGCUUUCCUCACUCCGAGCCCAACUUUAAACCUUCCUCCGGUUCCACCGUUCACUCUCGACCCUCCAGCAGAGCCGAGCAAACCGUCUCCACCUCGUCCCGCUCCCGCCGCCAGCGCUCCGUCUCCCUGCAGCCCUCUGGAGUCCAAGCACGACGUACCGUACUUCAGAUCAGAAAUUGCCAAAGAAACGGAGAGACUCACGACUUGUUGUCAUGACUGGGAGUCUAAGGUGGAGGAUGAAUCCAUACCAGAGGAAAUGAGAGAUCGCAUGCGCACGGCUGUGGGUCAGGCCAGGCUGCUGAUGAAAGAACGAUUCAAGCAGUUCAGCGGUCUCGUGGACGACUGCGAACUGGGCCGGGGGGAGAAGGUCACCACCUGCACUGACCUGCAGGGAUUCUGGGAUAUGGUUUAUUACCAGGUUAAAGACGUCAACAAAAAGUUCGACGCUCUCAAAGAGGCGGAGAGACGAUCGUGGGUGGAGGAGUGCAAACCUCCGCCACGGCAGAGGAAAGUGGUGAAGAAGCCGUCUGCGGCCCCGCCAAAGCCGACAGGAACCAACGCCGCUGCAAAGUCCCGCCUGGCUGCCAUCAAAGCAGCCAUGAGAGCCAAACAGCAGGCGGCCGAAGCGGAGAAGGCUUCCCAAGACGCCGCCAGCGAUGGCCUCCCCGCCGAGAAAGCGGAUCCUCCAACCGAGGCCUUAAAGUCUGAAACGGUGGUCUUUGAUGGGGGGUUCUUCAAAGUGGAGAGUCCAGCCAAAUCAUCAAUCAGGAGAUCGGGUCAUGUGAGCGCCGCCGUGCCGCCUCAGGCCUCCCCCCGCUAUAUUACACCUAAAAGAGCCACUCGGCGGUCCCUGGCUUUGGAGCGCACCCCCGUCGGUUCUGGCGUUCAGCUUUCCCGCUCCGCCCUCAAGCAAACUCCAGCAUCAAGGUGUCAGGAGGAAACAAACGCCUCGCUUUGCUUCUCACCUGUGAUGGAGGUACCUUCCAUUGAAGAGAGAAGCCCCGCCCAGAAGGCAGGAAGCGUCUCCCCGCCAACCAUUUCUGUGGAAGUGAACUCUGCAGAACCAGCUGGCCCGUUCGGUCUGUCGCCGUGUGCUGGUCCGGCCUCCCCUGCUGUGCAGGUUCCUGCCGAAACCCCAAACAGCUCAGUCGUUGAGGACGUUCCCGGUUUGGAUUUCGAGCGCUACCUCCAGCCUUCCCAGAGAUGCAGUUUGUCUCCGAGAGAACCAAUUGCUGAAGAGAUUCUGUCACCCAUGGUGACGGACGUGGAGAUGGAGAGCCCCAUAGGUCGAGCAGAGGAAUCUCUUUGUCAUCAAGCGCCAGCGCUGUCAGCGGGGUCUUCGGUGUUUUCUCCUCAAUCACCACAGGUGCAGAGUGCAAAGGCUGCCCUGCUGCUCUUCACUCCGGACCUGAAGGACAGAAUUCGCCAGUCGGUCUGUCCGACUGACCUCAUGUGCUUCACUCCUCCUUCCAACAUCUAAACCUUUUUAUGCUGUUAUGGUCACUUUUUAUAAAACAUGGUGAAUAAAGUUCUGUUUAAAAAACUGUCAA